AAGCUAGCUUUGACACUGACAGGCAGCGUUGGCGAAGACCGGAUAUGACGUAGGCGGCGUGUCCACUAACCGCCUUCCUCUUUCGGCAACAUGGCGCCGAUGUUGGCACCGCUGAAAUGCGGCUUUCACUUCCAAAGACGAAAAUUAGCGCUUCUCCUUCGACAGACGAGCUCGUAUCACAUUUGGAAUAAAACGCGCAGUGAAAAUGUGUCGGAACAUAAACGUCAAAGUACAUAUAUGCUGAGUUCCCCUCCACACCUACGAACAGCAACAUGGAGCACAAACAGGAGCGAAAACAGUCGUCAGAUUUUGGACGCAGUAAAACAUUUGCAGAUUACAGACAAAAGAACAUGUUGGCAUGGAAAUGCAGGAGGAAAGCUCGUUUCAGAUCCAAAAAACGUGCUGAAUGAGGUUAAUUCAACUCAGAUCCUGUCUGCAAUGCUGUCUUACGUGUGGCCAAAGAAUAGACCAGACCUGCGGGCUCGUGUUGCCAUCUCUCUGGGGCUGCUCGCUGGAGCCAAGAUGACCAAUGUGACGGUGCCCUUCAUGUUUAAGUAUGCAGUGGACGAGCUUAACCAGAUGUCGGGACACAUGCUGAACCUGAAUGACGCGCCAAGCACUGUGGCAACCAUGGCAACGGCCAUGCUGAUUGGCUAUGGUGCGUCGCGGGCUUGUGCAGCCCUCUUCAACGAGCUGAGGAACACUGUGUUCGGCAAGGUGGCUCAGAGCUCCAUCCGACGCAUCGCCAAGAACGUCUUCCUCCACCUGCACAAUCUGGAUCUGGGUUUCCAUCUCAGCCGCCAGACUGGAGCGCUGUCCAAGGCCAUCGACCGCGGCACACGGGGCAUCUCAUUUGUCCUCAGUGCACUCGUCUUCAAUCUAGGACCCACAGUCUUCGAGAUGGGCCUCGUCAGUGCCAUUCUGUAUUACAAGUGUGGUGGACAGUUUGCAGCAGUGUCCUUGGGCACAUUAUCAGCGUACACCCUCUUCACCAUUCUCAUCACUCAGUGGAGGACUCAGUUCCGGAUAGAGAUGAACAAAGCGGACAAUGAAGCAGGCAAUGCAGCUAUUGAUUCCCUCCUUAACUAUGAGACUGUGAAGUACUUCAACAAUGAGAAGUACGAAGCUGAAAAGUAUGAUGGAUACCUGAAGAUCUAUGAGUCAGCCUCUUUAAAAACCACAUCCACGCUCGCCAUGCUCAACUUUGGCCAGAGUGCUAUCUUCAGUGUCGGCCUCACUGCCAUCAUGGUGCUGGCCAGCAAGGGCAUAGCAGCGGGUACGAUGACCGUGGGAGACCUGGUGAUGGUGAACGGCCUGCUCUUCCAGCUCUCCCUCCCCCUCAACUUCCUGGGCACGGUGUACAGAGAGACCAGGCAGGCCCUAAUAGACAUGAACACUCUUUUCACCCUGCUCAGCGUGGACACCAAGAUCAAGGAGAGGGAUCUUGCCCCGCCGUUAGCCAUCACACCGCAGGAAGCCACAAUUCGCUUUGAGGACGUCUUCUUCGAAUACCUGGAGGGCCAGAAAGUCUUAAACGGAGUGUCCUUCGAAGUGCCUGCAGGGAAGAAGGUGGCAAUAGUUGGUGGCAGCGGGUCAGGGAAGAGCACCAUUAUGCGGCUGUUGUUCCGCUUCUAUGAGCCCCAGCAGGGGAACGUCUACAUAGGGGGGCAGAAUAUCCGAGACGUCAGCCUUGACAGCCUGAGGAAGACUUUGGGGGUCGUGCCUCAGGAUAGCGUUCUGUUCCACAACACCAUCUUCUACAACCUGCAGUACGGGAACAUCAACGCCACACCAGAGGAGGUGUACCAAGUGGCGCGUCUAGCAGGCCUCCAUGAUGCUAUCCUCAGGAUGCCCCAUGGCUAUGACACCCAGGUUGGGGAGCGGGGCCUCAAGCUGUCAGGAGGGGAGAAGCAACGUGUCGCCAUCGCCCGUGCAAUACUAAAGAAUCCACCGAUCCUCCUGUAUGACGAAGCAACGUCCUCCCUCGACUCUAUCACAGAAGAGAACAUCCUGACCUCAAUGAAGGAGAUGGUGAAGGACAGAACUUCAGUGUUCAUCGCCCACAGGCUUUCCACAAUUGUGGACGCAGACGAGAUUAUCGUACUCAGUGAGGGUAAAGUGGCAGAACGAGGCAACCACGACGCCCUCCUCAACACCCCCGGCAGCUUGUACGCAGACCUAUGGAACACCCAGAACAACAAACUCCUCAACAUGAGCAAGAGGUCGCCCGUGGUGCCGGUUGAGCGUCUGUCCCAAAAGGAGGAGGAGAGGAAAAAACUGCAAGAGGAGAUCCUCAACAGUGUGAAGGGCUGUGGGAACUGCUCCUGUUGAGAGGAGCUGCCACCUCCAUGUCUCUACAUACCUCACAGAUGGCCUCCACUGGAAUCCCUGGUCUGUGCAGCAUUUGGGAGGGAGCAGAGUAGGGGUGCAUCCCCACUACCCACUCAAGCCAAGCCCCCACCAAUGUGACUGUCCCUCCUCCUCUUCCUCCUCAUAUGAAUAAAGGCCACUGCUCGCCAAAGUGAAGGAGGAGGAGCAGAACAGGGAGCAAGUGUGUUUAGCACUGGCUGGUGUCCAGAGAUAGAGCUACUAUGCCAGUUGUCUCAGCUGAAGCCAAGCAUAAGAGACCUUGUAUAUCACAUACGUGUGUGUAAGACAUCUGUUAGUCAACAUGGUUGCCCCCCUCCUCCUCAUUUUUGACAUCAGUUUUAUUGACAUCUUCCAUUGCAGUGGAAACAGAUGAGAGUACACGUAAUGACUUACAUAUGCCUUGAUGUCGACACAAAAAUUGUAUUGAUUUAUUUUUUUAAAUUAUCUUCAAAAUAAAAUAAACCUAUAGUUUUGUUUUUUUUAAUAUUAUGGAUGUACACACAUUUAUCCUGCGAUUAGAAAUACUGAAUAACAGAUUGUUGCAGUAUGUGUUGGUGUGAAAAACACUAUUUCAUUUAGCAGAUACUUCAAUGGGAUUCCCUUACAAUGCACAUUGCCUAUGACAUUUUAAAUGUAUGUUCUAAAAAUACUAAAUUUGGCAGAUAAUCAAGUCUUCUUAACUCAACACGCAACAUAAUGUGGAUGUUUGGGCUCAUGAACAUGCAUAAUAGCUCCCCAGGGAAUUAGCAGUAUGUCGCAGUCACAUUCAUGUAAAUAUAACACUCUGGGAAUGACGAGAAGUAACUCUAAUAAAUCAUGAAUGGUUUUCACCACAAUUGGAGCCACAUUAAGAGGCAACAACUUGAAAGUGUCCUCUGGUAACGUUUCACUAUUGUAUCAUACAGCCUUGGUUGACAAUCUUCUUGUAAUGAAAACAUAUUCAGUGACUUUUAACAGUGCUAAGACAGCCUUUUGUCUUGUUUGAUCAGAAUAAAGAGACUUCCUCCUUAGCGUUAUAUGUAAAUAUCAAUAUUUAAAACUGACCGGGGACAUAUCUCCUCAUUUUCUGAGGGCUCUUUUGGCAUCAGUAUGCACCUUUUGUUGGGAACUUUGGUAUGUUGUAUCUAUAAAUGAAGAGAAUUAUUAAUUGUGUAAUAUACGCACAAUAAAGCCUGUUUUCAUGGUGUUCUAGAUUAUGACUGUGUGGGUACACUGAGAGAUUAAUAAAUCUUGGCUUUUGUCUACAUAACAA